AUGCAGAGGAGGAAAUGCCCUCAAUUCACCUGCGACACCUGCCCGGGCCCCCAGGUCUCUCCUCGCGCCCAGACCCCUGCCCUAGCUCCCCGCCCCCUGUGCCCCAAUCCCCGCCCUCUCCCCGCCCUGCCCCCUCCCAGACGGCCGUCGCCCCGGAGGUCCCCAGGGCCCAGACCCCUCGCGCGUCCUGCGAGUGGCUCUCUGGAGCCUGGACGGGCGGCGCGGGGAGGCCCGUCCUGGCGCGGCCUCUCCCCCAUCAUCACACCCCGCAGGCUCCAGGGACUCCCCGCCCCCGGAAACAGCGGAGAAACUAGGCCGGGAACGCCAGCCCUGGCCACUAUCCGCCUCCUUGGCUACCCCCCGCAGGCGGGCCAUCGGAACUCAACCCUCCGAGUUGCUACCUGUCCGGCGCCCUCUCAGCCCGGGAGCGCGGGCCGAGUGGAGGCGCGCCGCAGGGUUCGUCCGCGAAAGGCCCUCCACCGCAGACUCACCUGCCGCCUGCUCCACCUUCAGUGCCACCCAGACACAGCCCCUUGCUGGGGCAUGAAAGCGCCGGCUACGCGGCCUGCGCGCCCUCGCCACAGCCGGGCGGGGGGACUUGCUCCCGCGGCCGCCGCCGCCACGGCCCGAUCUGCGCCUGCGCCGCCUGACGGGCUCGGUCUCGAGGGGCGCCGCAUGCAGCGAUAACGGCCGGGAGCGCGAGCCCGCGCGGGCGCCUCGGCUCUCCCGGGUCCGGCGGUGCGGGCGGCGGGUUGCCUAGUAGCAGCCGGCUGCGGUGCCGCCCCGACAGCUGACGGCCAUAUUCCUGUUCCCUUUUCUUUUUUUCUCCCCCUCCUUCCGCCCUUUUCCACAGAACAGCACUUUCCUUUUCCCCCUCCCUCUCCCUUUCCUACUGCGGGGGUGGGUGGAAAAGGGCGUGGGGGGAGGGGUGGAAAAGGGAGGCCGCGGGGGCGGGGCAGUGCUAGAGUCCCGCCCCCGGGGAGGGCCGAGGCCGCGCGGUCACUGCUCCCCUCCCCCCGCCUCCGCCGCGACCCCCGCGGGGCGCGAGGUCCCAGCCCGGCCCCCUUGGAGCCCCUCCUCCGCAUUCGCUCCGCGGGUCCCUAGCCGAAAAGGAGCUGGGAGUGAAGGAAGGGCCCAGGGCGCUACUCUGCUGCCCUUCUUGCGGGGCUCCGACUCUGUGUGGUGUGGGUUUAUCGCUCCGGCCUCAGGCAGGUGGCGGCUGCUCCUCUAGGGUUUAUCAAAACGGGGAAAGGGACGCCGAGUCCCUCAGUCCUGGGAGAAGAAUGCUGAGCGGGAUUCACGUCCCUGGACGAGAAGUUUUCCUUUCCGGGGGCUUGAACUCACAACCUUGAGAUCUAGACCUGGGCUGAGAUUAAGAGCCGGACAUCUAACUGAACCACCCAAGCAGCCCUGUGACUCUUGACUAAAAGAAUAUAAGCCUGUAUCCUGAGAUUUGAACACCUAACCACAUUGUGCAUGUAAACAACAGCUUUUUUUAGUUUUCUAGGAUCAGGUCAGAGGGACUCAACACCCAGAAAGACAGUAAUGGUAUAGAAGGGAAAGCUUUGGGAGGGACUGGGCAGAGGUAAAACCAUCACCUUACAGAGAAAAUAUGUGGCUUUUGACCACGAGUUCAAUGUUAAUAAAUCAAUGAUAUAUAUUAAAUAAGGUUUCUUUAAACAGAAACACACAUAAAA